AUGGCGGAGGAACCGUCCGCCAAGCGUCAUCAUGCCGAGAUGUCGGACAAGAGGAGCAACCUCGUCGACAUUAACGUCCCCGGCGAGAAGCGCGAGUACACAACAACCCUCAAAGGGGUUGAGCUCCACGGCAACGAGACGCUGGAGAUCGUCUGCACCAGCGUACCAGAAAAGGCCGAAGAGGUGAUCUCCAGGCUUUGGAGGAUGCUUGGCGGCAGGUUUCGUAGGAUCGUCGGCGUUGGUGUGCACUACACCAACAAAGAUGAACCUCCCCAGAAGGCAGCAGUCCUGCAGUUGUGCAUCGACGAACUCUGCUUGGUGUACCACAUCGCAGCGGCCACAAAAUGGUGA